UCCAAAUUUGAAGCUCUUUCUUAGGGAUAUAAUUUAAAAAAUUUGUAGAUAGCUAAAAAAGCCACUGCGAGAAUACGAUCAAAACACUCGCAUUGAACAAUCUUCUACAUACAUACAUACAUUUCACCUAGAAGCAUCUACCCCUCCCACCCAUAUGCCAAACUCUUGUCUUACGCAAUGAUUUCAGCGCAGCGCAACGAUUAUACGAGAGCUUUGGAGGCAAUAUGACUGAAACUUGCCUUAAGGUCAGGAUUGGUGUUUUAGCAAUCCAGGGAGCAUUCUUUGAGCAUAGAGCCGCCCUUCUCAAAGCAGCGAAUAAUUUAACUCUCAGCAAGGAAGCUGAGAUUGAUGUUGUGGACGUAAGGGAACCUGAUCAACUGGUGGGGCUGGAUGGACUGAUCCUACCUGGGGGGGAGAGCACGACAAUGAGUUUGUUCCUUCAAGCGAGUAACUUUGAAGAAGUGCUUAAAGAAUGGGUUGCUGCUAAAGAGAAGCAAAGAGUGGUAUGGGGAACUUGCGCUGGACUGAUUUUACUUUCGAAUGACAUAGAAGGUCAAAAAGAAGGGGGGCAAUCCAAGAUUGGUGGUAUUGAUGUCACAACCUCCAGGAACUUUUUUGGUCGUCAAGUCAACAGUUUUGAAGCAAAUGUGAACCUUCACAAUAAGUUUCUCUUGGAGGAUCAUGGUAAUACCUCGCAUGGAUUCAGUGGUAACAGCAUAAAUGAUGGCUACCAUGGUGUUUUCAUUCGAGCUCCAGCAGUUGUGUCUGUAAACAGUCCUAAAGUUGAAAUUUUGGCCACUAUCACACUACAACAGAAAGAAGAGCCUGUUGUGGUGGGUGUGGCUCAAGAAAACCUGAUUGCUACUGCUUUUCAUCCAGAACUGACUGAAGACACCAGGUGGCAUGCAUACUUCUUGAGAAAAAUUUUAGAGAGGAGAGAUGCUGAAAAAAAUUGACAUACACACUGUCAAAUUGGGAUACCUGUGACCUGCCAAGUAGCAAUGAAUUUCAUAGUUUGCAUAAUUAUGCCAACUUUAGCUUUUAAAGUGAAUUAACUUUUUGUUGAAAAACAAAAGGAGAUGGGAAACAUUCCAAGUCACUCACUCAAGAGUUAAUUUACCAUCACUGAUGCUAGGAUAAUAAAAUUAUAUUGUAUGUAGAAUUAUAUCAAACAAACUUUAUUUUUCAUGCCAUAAGAUAAAGACAGCAAAUACACAUGUGGUGCAGCCAGACAACCAAGUCAAAAUGAGAGAACAGUGAUCUCUUCACAAAAUGACGUGAACUCAUCAACUUGUGCAUUUCUUAUGAGAACUAUUCCAGUAGAGCGCCGGCUAGAGUCAGACAUACAUCCCUAAAAAAAAUAGGGUAGUAUCUUUGGUAUUGAAGUGGCAUGGUCAUGACUGGAUAUUUAAUUUAAAACUGAUAAUUAUGUUUUUAUCAUGAUUAUGUAAUUAAAGCUAACCCAUUUCUUCUUGGGUAUGUUUGAAAAACAGGUAUUUGUAAUCAUCUAUUUGGAAUAUUAAGAGACAGUUUUGUAAAUCAAAAGCAAUUUUAAAAUAUUUUGAAAAAUUGUUGGUAAAGGUAACCUAUUGGUGUCGUAAGUAAUAUUCACAAGCAGUUUGGUACUUGUUAUUUAUAAUAACUGACCUAUUUAACCAAGCACAAACAUAUCAUGUCUGACAAUGUCACAUGCUGCUCUUACAAUGAAACAACGCAGUUGUCGUAGUUCAAGUGUCUAGGUUCUUAAAGUUGCACAUUACUUUCUUUUUGGGUAUGGUUAAGUGUAAUGAUAAGUUGAAUCUAAGGGAAAUAAAAUUUGAGUAGUAACAUAUUUAACAACCAUUCACCAAAGUGGAGGUGGCCAGUGAUGAAUAUUUACCAAGCUGUGAAGUGGCCAGGUAAAUGUCCACCACAAGCCACUAACAUCGAGGUGAAUAAUUGAGUUAGUAUAGACUGAAACAGUGAGAUAAUAUAGCACAAAAAGAUGAUUUUAACACAGGGAGCACAAAACUUGUAAGUUGCAGUUGAAUAGCAAAGAAUAUUCACAGUCUGAGUAGCCAAUCAGAGUUAGCCUUCACCCCUAUCCACUGGUUUAGUUUAUACUAAACAUGAGUAAUUACUGGUAUGUGCUCCUUUUUUUUUUUUGUUUGUCCUAUUUUGUGUUUCUUAGGGAUUCAGAAUUUUUGAAAUUAACCUUUCCAAUCAUCCAAGAACUUGAGAAAAGGUUUUUUAGACUAAUGCUCAGUCGUUCCAUACUGGUACAUGGAGAAAAAAGUGAUAGGUUUACAGAAAAGGUGCCUAAUUUCCCACUAUUAAAUGGACUCAUUAAAACCACCAUGGCUCUUUGUGUCUA